AUGACAUGACAUAUUAUUGAACUUUGUUAACGUCGAUGGCAAAGUAGGUAAAUGUUUUCUUCUUCCGGGUUCAUUUAUAUUUAAUAUCUUAUACUGUAAUAACAAAAAGUACUACAAAAGUUAUAAAAAUGUCGUGUCUUAAUGUAAUUUCUCGUAAUUUUUCAACUUCUGUUGCCCGUGCAGCGAUUAAAAAUGUCACCGUUGUCGGAGGUGGUUUAAUGGGCUCAGGUAUUGCUCAAGUAUCUGCUCAAACUGGUCACAAUGUGACAAUUGUUGAGCUCAAUCAAGAAGUUUUAGACAAAACUCAAAAGAGCAUUCAACAGAGUUUACAAAGAGUCGCUAAAAAGGUUUAUAAAGAAAAACCUCAAGAAGGUGAGCAAUUUGUUUCAGAAACUUUAUCAAGAAUUAGUACUUCCACAAAAAUAGCUGAUGUAGUGCAAGAUUCAGAUUUGGUGUUAGAAGCCAUUGUUGAAAACUUGUCUAUCAAGCACAAACUUUUCAAGUCUAUCGAUGACAUAGCACCAGCAAAGACUAUUUUUGCUUCCAAUACAUCAUCCUUGUCUAUUGGUGAAAUUGCAGCUGUCUGUAAGAGGAAGGACAAAUUUGCAGGGUUACAUUUUUUUAAUCCUGUACCAAUGAUGAAAUUAUUAGAAGUUGUCAGAACUCCAGAAACAUCUGAUGAAACUUACGAACAAUUAAUGGCUUGGGCAAAAGCUAUUGGUAAAACAGCUAUUACAUGCAAAGACACUCCUGGAUUUGUAGUCAACAGACUUCUAGUUCCAUUGCUGGCUGAAUCAGUUAGAAUGUUGGAGAGAGGUGAUGCUUCUCCUAGGGAUAUUGACAUAGCUAUGAAGUUAGGUGCAGGACACCCAAUGGGACCUAUUGAGUUGGCAGAUUAUGUUGGUCAUGAUACUACCAAUUCAAUUUUAAACGGAUGGCAUGAAAAAUUCCCAGACAAUCCAUUGUUCAAUCCAUUACCAUCUUUACAGAAAUUAGUUGAUGAAAAAAAAUUGGGUGUUAAGACCGGUGAAGGAUUUUACAGCUAUAAGAAAUAAUGUUCUUGUUUAUCAAUGUUUUUUUGGAGGCAGUAAUAUAAUAUUAUUUUAAUUUUCUUUGAAUCAUACUUUUUAAAAUUGUA